AUGAAGGCCCGCCUUUCCUUAAUCCUAAUUUUAUGUGUCGUGUGCAGGGACUGUGCAGUGAGAUGCACGGGUACCACUGAAGCUCAAGGAGCAGUAGAAGGAGCAAAGGGACCAAAACCAGGAGCAGAAGAAGCAGGAGCAAAUGUAGGAGAGGCAGGAACAGGAGGACCAGGAGGACCAGGAGCAGAUGGAGGAACAGAAGCAGGAGCAAGAGCAGAAGAAGGAGAAGGAGCAGGAACAGAAGCAGAACCAGAAGCAGAACCAGAAGCAGAAGCAGAACCAGCACGAGGACCAGAACCAGAACCAGAAGCAGGAGGUGAGGGCAUAAAUCGGGAUGCAGCUGGAAACCAGAGAGAGGGUCAACUUGAAGCCCCAUCAGAUAGCGCACGUCCAGGAGCAAUUCCCCAAGUAGCACCACGAGACACUGUCGAAACUUCUAGCGAUGCUGCUGAUAGUAGUAGCCCAGACCAGAAUCCACUUCCAGGUGCAGACAACACCAAAGUAGGAAAUGCAGCAACCCCCCCCGAAGGCGCGAAAGAGGAGACCCAGGUAAAGUCGUCGCUCCUGAAGGGCCACAAGGGGGUGAAGGUGACGGGCCCGUGCGGCGCCAGCUUCCUCGUGUUCUUCGCCCCGUAUCUGUUCAUCGAUGUGGACACGGACAGUAGCAAUGUUUACCUGGGAACUGACUUGAGCGAUUUAGAAGUUACAGAAAAAAUGGGUAUACAAGAUAACGGAAAAAAUAAAUGCGAAGAUAAGAAGACAUUCAAAUUCGUUGCUCUCAUUGGAGAAGACCACUUGACCAUUAAGUGGAAGGUGUACGACCCGGCAGUCAAAACGCCAACCCCAAAUGAAAAAGUGGAAAUGAGAAAAUACGUAAUGAAAAAUCUGAGCGGAGAAUUCACCGCUGUGCAAGUGCACACUGUUAUACAGCAGAACGGCUCCAACGUCUUUGAAAGCAAAAACUAUGCCUUAAGUAGCGGCAUCCCUGAAAAAUGCGACGCAGUAGCCACCAACUGCUUCCUCAGUGGAAGCGUGUACAUAGAGAAAUGCUACAGGUGCACCCUCAAAAUGAAGAAGGUGGACCCGUCGGACGUUUGCUAUAACUAUAUUCCCAAGGUGGAAAGUGCAGCCAGUCAGGAGGCCAUUCCCGCCAAGGCAAGCGAUGAAGAGUCCAGCCAAGAGGAGUUGACAGCAUCCAUUGGAAAGAUCCUCCAAGGGGUCUACAAGAAAGGGGAAAAUGGUCUCAAUGAGGUGCUCACUUUCAACGAAGCAGAUGCAGCUUUGAAAGCGGAACUGCUUAACUAUUGCUCCUUGAUGAAGAAGGUAGACGCCAGUGGGGUGUUGGGCCACUACCAAUUGGGAAGUGAAGAAGAUGUGCAUGCCAACCUGACGAACAUGCUACAGACGAACAGCGACCAUGUCUUGUCCUCAUUGCAAAACAAGCUGAAGAAUCCCGCCAUCUGUUUGAAAAAUGCGGACGAGUGGGUGGGUAGCAAAACAGGGCUACUUCUUCCUAAUCUGUUUUAUAACCAUUUGGAAGGGUCCACUCCGUCGACUUCCAACGUGACUCACGUCGACGACUCCUCUGAGGAUGUGCAAAGUGGCGGAUACGAUGGCGUCAUCGAUUUCGCCACGGCAGGCAAGACAAAUUUCAGCACCUCCCAAUACGCAGACAAAAUGCACUGCAAUGCGGAGUACUGCGAUAGGGCGAAGGAUGCGGGCAGCUGCGUGGCGAAGAUGGAGGUGCAGGACCAGGGCGAUUGCGCCAACUCUUGGCUCUUCGCCUCCAAGGUGCACCUAGAGACCAUCAAGUGUGUGAAGGGAUACGACCACGUCGGUGCAUCUGCUCUCUACGUGGCUAACUGUUCCGGUAAAGAAGCGAAUGACAAGUGUCACUCACCCUCUAACCCGCUUGAGUUCUUAAACACCCUGGAGGAGACCAACUUUUUGCCAGCCGAUUCGGACCUCCCCUAUUCGUACAAGCAAGUGGGAAACGCCUGUCCGGAACCGAAGGGCCACUGGCAAAACCUUUGGGAAAACGUGAAGCUCCUAGGUCCCACGAAUGAGCCCAACUCGAUGAGCACCAAGGGGUACACCGCCUACCAGAGCGACCACUUCAAGGGCAACAUGGACUCAUUUAUCAAGUUAGUCAAAUCCGAAGUGAUGAAAAAGGGAUCUGUCAUCGCGUAUGUGAAGGUGGCGGGAGCACUCAGCUACGACCUGAACGGAAAGAAGGUCCUCUCUCUAUGUGGAAGCGAAACGCCGGACCUUGCUGUCAACAUAGUGGGCUAUGGAAACUACAUCAGCGCGGAGGGGGUGAAAAAGCCCUACUGGCUGCUGCAAAACAGCUGGGGUAAACACUGGGGAGACAAGGGAACCUUUAAGGUCGAUAUGAAUGGACCACCUGGAUGCCAUCACAACUUCAUCCACACCGCCGCCGUCUUCAAUCUGGACAUGCCCGUGGAGGAGAACCCCCAAAAGGAAGACGCCCAGAUAUACAACUACUACUUGAAGAGCUCCCCUGAUUUUUGGGGCAACAUCUACUAUAAAAAUGUUGGCGGUCAGGAGAGUGCCUCGUCAAAGAACGCAACGGAGGGGGCCCAUGAAUCGGUGCUGCACGGGCAAGAAGUUGCAGAGGCGGCAGUAAAUGGCGCUGGCGGGGAACCUGCUCCUUCACACAGUGGAGCGGUACAAGGAGAAAGAGAAGGAACAGCAAAUGGACAAGGACCUGAAGGUGUUCCUCCUUUGCCGGCGAAACAGGAAGUAACCGAAGCAUCAAACGGGGAAGCGACAGGACUGGGAGCAGUAAACCCUUCGGGAGAAGAACAGCCAGGACCACCAGGGCCACCAGGGACAUCAGGACUAGCAGAGCAACCAGGACCAGAAGGGCCAUCGGGAGAAGUAGGGUCAACAGGAUCAGUAGGGCAACCAGGACAACCGGGAUCAUCGGGCACACCCAGAUCGGAAGGACAAACGGGACCAUCGGGCACAUCAGGAUCAUCGGCCGCGCAAGGACAAUCGGGUUCAUCGGGCACACCCGGAUCGGAUGGACCAUCAGGACACACGGGACCAUCGAGCACACCCGUACAAGAAGCCCCGCUCAGCAAGGCACCCGGAACAGACAGCCCGCCCGUCGCACCCGAAGCCGCCGUGCUAGGCUCCGAAGUGACGCAUGUCCUGAAGUACAUUAAAAAGAAUAAGGUGAAGCUGAACUUGGUGACUUACAAGAAUCACGAGGCUCUCAGCUCCGGGCACGACUGCUGGAGAUCCUACUCGGCCAACCCGGAUAAGUACGAAGAGUGUGUAAAGUUAUGCGAAGCCAACUGGAGCAAAUGUGAAAAUGAUGCAGCGCCGGGAUUCUGUUUAUACGAGCAUGCGAAAGAAGAGGACUGUUUCUUCUGCUAUGUGUAG